UGGAAUGGCAACUUGAUUUCGACAGAGUAGCUGGCAUGUCAGACGUAUGUAUAAGCUCAGAUUUAACGGUAAGAUCUUGAUAUUCCGAUUGUGCAGUGUAAAACUUCAGUGUAUCUACCUAGAAAAAUGGGUUAUAUCAUAGUCUUACGUCCAUUCGAGAAGGACGACGAAAAAGAAUGUAACGCAUUAUUACAAGAAGCCGUGAAGUCUCUAACAAAUAACAUGAUCAAAGAUACAAUAUUUAUGAAGUUAUUGUAUCUAUUUGUAUUGUACACAAUAUUGCUCAACUUCGGAGUGUCGCAGAAAGCUAUCUCACUACUCGUAAUCGUGUACGCUAUGUUUGUAUACAUCAUGACAUAUUUGAGCGUCACGAAGCGGAUAGUAGGUUUGAAGCGGAAUAUCUGGAGGGAUUGCUUAUAUAAGUCCAACUGUAGCAUUUGGGUUGCCGAAGCACUCGAGCCUCUUCACAUAAAGCGAGAUAUAAAAAACGAACCGUAUAUCAUCAUACCUGACUAUGAAUAUCGACGUUUCGAAAUGUCCUUUCGUUUUAUCUCGAGUAAGAUUGUGGGAAUUAUCAGCGUGUGCGGGUCUUCCAAAGAUAUAUAUACGAAGGCUAACAUAGAUAUGUUAUUUGUACAUAAUCUAUAUGCGGAGAGGAACAUAGAGGAGAAGCUGCUUGAAAUCGCUACGACAUACGCGAUAAAUAAAAAGUGCUUUGGCAUCAAUAUACAAUUGACGGAAUACCAUAGAAAAAUAAUGCAAAUGUGUCUCCAAUGUGGAUUUAAAUUGAUGCGGACGUAUAGCCAAUUUUUUUUUCUCAAAACGUUGACAAUGUACGAAUUAACAUAUCAAAUGCCUGAAGAUAAUGUAGAUAGAUAGAGGAGAUUAUUAUAGUAUUAUUGUAGUAUAAAAAUUAUUGGUUUAUUUUUCUCUUAAUUUGGUCUAAUAAACUCGUUUGAGUUAGCAGAUUUUCUAUUAUAAAUUGUUUGUUAGGGAAAGUAUAAUUUGAUAAUGUGACCUUGUUAACUAUUCAUUAAUCGAUAAGCGUUAGAAAAGGAGACAAAGUUAUUUUAUGAGAUUUGUACUAUAUAAUAUUGCUUUAAUAUAAGAACAUACAAUAUAAUAAUGUAAUACAUCAACACUAUUUAUAUAGUAAA